AUGGAAGAAUAAUAAUAACAAAACUAUAGUGACUUAGUGAAUCAAGAAGUCUCAUAGUAAAAUAAGCCAAUCAAAUGGGAAGUAGAAGGGAAGAUGCCUCAAACAAGAGUGGGACAGAUGAAAAAAGAAGCCGUCUACAUUUUCUGGUUCGAAUUCUUAGGCACAUUCAUGCUAACAUUUUCCAUCUACGCCAGCAACAAUAACCUAUUCGUUUUCAGUUGUGCAUAUGGAAUGUUAAUUUUGGUCGCCCAAAAUCAGAAGUGCUCAUUCAAUCCUGCAAUCACCACUGUCUUAUCUGGCAACGACAAGGGUCUAUGGGUAUCAGUAGCCAUAGCCAGCUAAUUUGGAGGAGCAUUUUUGGCGAGUAUGCUUGGUUUCUUUUGCUUUAAGAAUUAUGUAAAUGAUGUUCCAUAUUUGUCUUAAACUUCGAUUGAGGAAUACUUCGCAGUCAUAAUAGGAGAGAUCUUAGGGUCACUUAUACUGACUGCUGGCUUUUUGUUUUAGUAUGAUGACUUGAUGGAUUUCACAAGCGAUAGAUUAGAACAUAGUAUUAUAAUCAGUGGAUUAUAUGGAGUUGGCAGAACUCUUAGCUAUGUUGCGAAGAGCAGUCUGAAUCCAGCUAUUGCUAUGGGAUUAGUAUUUUUUGAGUGUUGUAAAGAUGGUCAUUGGGCUAGGUUUUGGAAUCUGUGGAUUUAUACAGGAUUACCAUUUGUUGGAGCUUUCAUUUCAUUGACAUUAAUAAGAAUAUUAUACAAGGAUUGCUAUGAAAAAUAGAUUAAGGCGGGUUUAAAAUAUUGAAUGAUAAGUGUUUGACAGAUUUAUGCAAAUUUAUUUUAUUAUUAUUAUUAUAAACACAAAUUUA